GCAGAUCUUGCAGCGCUGCGGACUGAUCAUGGGGGAGCCGAGCCAGAAAGAGACCAAGAAGCCGCUGAUCAACAGCAGGAAUGAUCCGGUGAAAAACUUCGAGAAGUGGAAGAAGAAAUACAGUAAGAAGAAGGAAAAGUGCAAGAGCCACAGGAAGCAGAAUAAGAAACCCGAGUGGCAGGUGGAAAAGGAGACCAUUACUCGCCUGGAACAGCGCUACUCGGAGAUCAAUACCAGUGAGAUUGUAAAAUUCUCAGAUUUCCCUCUGUCCAAAAAGACACUGAGAGGUUUGGUGGAAGGCCAAUACCGAUUACCUACAGAGAUCCAGAAACAGACAAUAGGCUUGGCCUUACAGGGAAAGGAUGUGCUUGGCGCUGCCAAAACUGGCUCCGGGAAAACACUGGCCUUCAUUAUUCCUGCUUUGGAAUGUUUAUACCGCCAGCAGUGGACAUCCGAUGACGGACUUGGGGUCCUCAUCAUAUCACCCACUCGAGAGCUUGCAUAUCAAACAUUUGAGGUAUUGAGGAAAGUCGGGCGCAACCAUGAAUUCUCAGCGGGGCUUGUCAUUGGUGGAAAGGAUUUGAAGCAAGAGACAGCGUGCAUCCACAGGACAAAUAUACUGAUUUGUACUCCCGGCCGGCUUUUGCAACACAUGGAUGAAACGUCUACCUUUCAUGCAUCUAAUCUUCAGAUGCUGGUUCUUGAUGAAGCAGACAGAAUACUGGACAUGGGGUUUGCAGACACAAUGAAUGCCAUUGUAGAGAACCUCCCUAAGAAACGACAGACACUCCUCUUCUCAGCGACGCAGACAAAAUCUGUCAAGGAUCUUGCGCGCCUCAGCUUAAAGGACCCUGAAUAUGUGUGGGUGCAUGAAAAUGCCAAGUUCAGCACCCCCGCCACUCUGGAACAGAACUAUGUUGUCUGCGAACUACAGCAAAAAAUCAACUUGCUCUACUCCUUUAUAAGGAAUCACCUGAAGAAGAAGAGCAUUGUUUUCUUCUCGAGCUGCAAGGAGGUGCAGUACUUGUUCCGUGCAUUCUGCAGGUUGCGGCCUGGUAUUCCCGUACUCGUUCUGCAUGGGAAGCAGCAGCAAAUGAAGAGAAUGGAAGUUUACAAUGACUUUAUACGAAAGAAAUCUGCAGUGCUGUUUGCUACAGACAUCGCAGCCAGAGGGUUAGAUUUUCCAGCCGUGAACUGGGUGCUUCAGCUCGACUGCCCUGAAGAUGCCAAUACGUACAUUCACAGAGUUGGAAGAACAGCCCGAUACAAGGAAGGAGGAGAAGCCCUGCUUGUUCUGCUUCCCUCCGAAGUGAAAGGAAUGUUCAAACAGCUAGAGGAGAAGAAAGUUCCUAUUAAUGAAAUUAAAAUUAACCCUGAAAAGCUCAUGGAUGUGCAAGGCCGUUUGGAAGCUUUUUUGGCGCAGGAGCAAGACCUAAAAGAGACGGCACAAAGGUGCUUCGUCUCCUACUUGCGCUCCGUUUAUUUGAUGAAGAACAAGGAAGUUUUUGAUGUUUUCAAGUUGCCCCUGACUCAGUAUGCCCAGUCCUUAGGCCUUGCAGUUGCUCCACGGGUUAGGUUCCUUCUCAAAGCUCAAAAUGCUCAGUCAACGUCUGUGAGCAAAGAUGACCCCGGCACAGCAAGUGAUCAAGAAAUAGAGGCAUUCAAGUCAAAGCUUGGUGGUAAACCAGCUGAUGACCAAAGCAGAGAUGAUGCUGACAAUGUCAAUUCUUCAGAGGAAGAGAGUAAUCUAGAAGAAGACUCUGAGGAUGACGAGCAAGAGCUUUCAGACAACCUAAAGCAAACAAGUUUGCAGUUUAUGAAUGAGGAUGAAGACGAUGAUGACUGUCGAGAUCUUGAUUUCCUCACAGUGAAACGGAGAGAUGUUUUUGGCAUAGAGGAUGGCAGCUUUAUUCCCGAAACGGAAAUGACCAAAUCCAAGCUGAAGAAAACAGAGAAAGUAUCUAAAGCAAAGGAGGCAAAGAAGGUUCUCAAGAAGAAAUUUCAAGUUAACACCAAAAUUGUCUUUGCGGAUGAUGGAGAGGUGAUCCAGCAGUGGCCCCAAAUCCAAAAAACUACAGUGAAAGAGGCAGAAGAGGAGGAUGAUUCAAGUGGCAUCAAUCUGGCUAAGGCAAAGGAGCGGCUGAACGAGGAGGAUAGGUUUGACAAAGAAGCUUACAGGAUGAAAAUCAAGGAGAAGCACAGGGAGAAGAGGCUGAAAGAGAAGGCAGCCAGAAGAGCAGCCAACAAGAAAGAAUCAGAGGAAGAGGAUGAAGCCGUGGCUUAUCUUGACCAUGAUGGCAGUGAAGAUGAACUUGACAUCAGUGCUCUUCCUGAUCCCGACAAAUACAGAGACAUGGAGGAAAGUGAUGGUGGAUCAGCACAGGAAAGCGCAAGUGAUCAUGAAGAAGAGCGGCCGAAGAAGAGAACAUACCAAAGCCUUGCCGGAAACCAAGCUGAAAAGUCUGCUGGCAUCAAAAAGAAGCGGGCGAAACAGAACUCCGAUGAGGACUUUGAACCUCUUAACACUGGACUUUCUCUGGCAGAGGACGAGGAGCUUGUGUUGCACCUACUGGGCCACAGCAGCUGAUUAUCUGUGUGUGUGCCACAUCGCCUUCAUUGGUACUGCAGCUCUUUGUAUUACACACCCAGUAUGGGCUCAGUAAAACUGUGACAGAGAAAGAACACUCACAAAAAGAUUCUGGGAAACCGUAUCUUCAGACAUUAGAAGACAUAAAAGUUGUAUUUCAAAAUAAUUACCCUUUUCUAACAAUGUAAACUUUUUUCCUCUGGAAUACGUUAAAAGGGAACAUUAGGGGAAACAAUCUGAGCAGAUAGUUAGCCUUUGGGGAAGACAUAAAUUGAGAAGACCCCAAAGAUGUAAGAAGGCUGUAUUUUCCUGUCCUCUACAUCACGUAUCCAACCUCUGGUCAGUAGCAGCUCUGGAUCCUCCAUAAGAUGUAUUUGAUUGUGUUUUACAUGUUAGGAGCAGAGAAGGAUAGCUUUGGAGGAGUUUGUGACAGUGGUGUAACUAGGGUCAAAUGUGCUUAGGUGCAGGAUUUGCUCCCACACUUCCCAUCCACCUAUGGGCCUCCUUCUCUGGGCGCGCACAUGCAGCAGGACCGUAUUCCACCUACCUUUGAGUGCCAGCUCUGACAGGCCCCUAGGGGUUGUGGGCCCAAGUGCAAUUCUACUUUACACCUCUGGUUUGUGACCCACAGCUGAUGUAUCCACACAACCACAGCUUGGAGUAUCAAACCAAUAUUAUAGAGCUUUGACAUGAUCACUUGGCUCUAUACCUAGGCUGCUGCCUGAAUUCCAUUUAUUCAGGAUACCAAUGUGCUGUGUCUAGGACUUGUUUAAUGGCAGGGCAGAAAGGGCAUUUGCUUUAGACUUGUCUUGUUGGGAAAAUAAACCAGUCAUUUUAUAUUAUGUAGCAAUUUCCAAAUAUUUUAGCCUUUAAAUGAAGCAUGCCCAAGCUGCAGGCAUCAUGUAGUUGUUAUAAUAACCAUUAUCAUUUGGAUCUCUCACCUUUGCAUUGCUGGGGUCCUACUUUACUUUAAUGAGAAUAGACUUCUAUCAUCGGUAAGUGAUGUAAGUUCCCAGCGAGCAGGGAAAGAAAUGGGGGCUGCAUUCGCGCAUCUUUCCGCUGCACCGGAUCUACACAUGCAAAUAGGAUCAUUGUUUCCUUUCUAUAAAUACAAGUUUUUGUUCAAGGUGUCAUCCUAGAGACGUCUGACAGUUACCAAUGCUGAGUAAACAAGUGGGAAGUGUAAUGGAGAGAGAAUAUAUAGAAUGCCGCUAUUUUUGGCUUCAAUUUGUAUUUUGCAUUUGGAAAUUCACUAUCGACAUCUUCUCUACACAAUUAAAAAGAAAAGUGUUCUUA